AUGCAAGUUAAAUAUGUUAUGUAUAGAAGUUGGUUAAGAAUUAAAGAAGAUCCUUCAAUUACCAUCUUUCCAAUAUUUGGUCAAUUAAUUAUGGCUUUAAUUUUAUCAUCAGUAUUAUAUAAUUUACCACAAAAUACUGAUUCAUCUUAUUUUAAAGGUGCUGAUAUGUUCUUUGCUGUUUUAUAUAAUGCAUUUGCUUCACUUUUAGAAAUUAUGUCACUUUUUGAAGCUAGAGCUAUAGUUGAAAAACAUAAGAAAUAUGCACUUUAUCGACCAUCUGCUGAUGCAUUAGCAAGUAUUGUUAGUGAAUUACCUGUUAAAUUAAUGAUGUCAAUGUCAUUCAAUUUUGUUUUUUAUUUUAUGUCACAUUUAUUUAGAUCAAUUGGUGCUGUUUCAACUUCUCUUGCAGGUGCAAUGACUCCUGCAACUACUUUAUUAUUGGCUAUGGUUAUUUAUACUGGUUUUGUUAUUCCAACUCCAUUAAUGUUGGGAUGGUCAAGAUGGAUCAAUUAUAUAAACCCAGUUGGUUAUGUAUUUGAGUCACUUAUGUUGAAUGAAGUUCAUGAUAGAGAGUUUGAAUGUACUAGUUUUAUUCCAUCAGGUCCAAAUUUCAAACAAUUCUCAAUUGCAAAUAAAGUUUGUCAAGCAGUUGGUGCUAGACCUGGUAGAUCAUUUGUUAAUGGUACUGAUUAUUUACAAGAAGCUUAUAGAUAUACUAAUGGUCAUAAAUGGAGAAAUUUAGGUAUUACAAUUGCAUUUGCUGUUUUCUUUUUAGGAGUUUAUGUUGCAUUGACUGAAUUUAAUAAAGGUGCUAUGCAAAAUGGUGAAAUUAUUUUAUUUUUAAAAGGUUCAUUAAAAAAACAUAUGCAACAAAAAGCUCAUGAUUCAGAAUAUGGUGGUAUUCCCAAUGAAAAAAUUUCAUAUGAAGCUGCAACAGAGGCAGAAAAAUUUGAAAAAGGUGGAGAAAGUGGUUCAGUUUCUUCAGCUCCAAUUCCAGAAAAUAAAGAAAUUUUCUUUUGGAGAGAUUUAACUUAUCAAGUUAAAAUUAAAAAAGAAGAUCGUGUUAUUUUGAAUCAUGUUGAUGGUUGGGUUAAACCAGGUCAAAUUACUGCAUUAAUGGGUGCAUCUGGUGCUGGGAGAACUACUUUAUUAAAUUGUUUAUCAGAACGUGUUACUUCAGGUACUAUUACUGAUGGUGUCAGAUUAGUUAAUGGACAUGCUUUAGAUUCUUCUUUUCAAAGAUCAAUUGGACAUGUUCAACAACAAGAUUUACAUUUACCAACUUCAACUGUUAGAGAAGCAUUACAAUUCUCAGCAUAUUUAAGACAACCAAGACAAGUAUCUAAAAAGGAAAAAGAUGAUUAUGUUGAUUAUGUUAUUGAUUUAUUAGAUGACACUUUAUGCCGAUGCAUUAGUAGGUGUUGCUGGUGA